AUGUCGGCCGAUCCUCGUCUGCGGGCCAGGCAACAACAGGCUGCUGCCGUGCCUCCACCGCCGCCCCCGCCGCCGCCCCCACCUAAUGAGCCUCCAGUCAGCACCGAUGUCGCCGCCAACGAUGCGCAUGCAGAAAAAAACAAGGUGGCGGACGACAAGUUCAAGCUCAAGUUCUGCACCGUCUGUGCAAGUAAUCAAAAUCGGUCUAUGGAGGCUCAUCUUCAACUCGCCUCUGCCCACCUACCCACCAUCAGCUUCGGAACUGGUUCUUUAGUACGCCUACCAGGUCCAACCAUCACACAGCCCAAUGUGUACCACUUCAACAGCACUACCUACCGCGCCAUCCAUGACGAGCUGGCACAGCAAAAUACCGCAUUGUACACGCACAAUGGUCUGCUGAACAUGCUGGGUCGCAAUCUCAACAUCAAGAGAUUUCCCGAGCGCUUCCAGGACUGGGUGCCUGGCAAGCCACGGCUGGAACACGCCGAAGACAAGGGCUCGCAAGGUACCGAGGCCGGUGUUGUGGAUGUUGUCAUCACCUGCGAAGAACGCUGCUUCGAUGCUGUGCUGGAAGAUUUGCACAACAAGGGUGGCAAGCUCAACCGCCCCGUCCACGUCUUCAAUGUCGACAUCAAGGACAACCACGAAGAGGCUCUCGUUGGUGGCAAAGCUAUUCUCGACCUUGCUCUGUGCCUCAACGAGGCUGCUGGGAAGGAGCGAGAAAUACAUGGCGGAGGUGGCUGGGAUUCUGGCAGUGGCGCUGCUCGCUCAGGGUUUGAUGAGCGUGUGCCUGAGAUUCUUGCAACAUGGCAAGAGCGAUGGCCUAAUAUGCCUGCACUGUGGAGCCUGGCUUGGUUUUGA